AUGGAGAAUACAAAUCGAUCAAGCUCUAUUUCGCAUCCUUUCCGCAGCACCCGGCGCUAUUCGAGGACGAACGAGCCCCCUUUCCAUUGCGUCACUGCAAGGGUCUUGCGGAAGCUCUUGCACUGCCAGGCCGGCAAGCUUAGAAACAUCGUCAACCUGGAUCUCCAGCCCAAGGCCUUCGGCGAAGCAUCGGAAGCUGUGGCCCAGAUGGCCCAGCCAAAUGCCGAGCCCGUCGAGGACUAUGACUAUGAAUCCCUCCCCCCAAACUUCUCCUUGGUGCAGAACAUGAUAGCAGGCGCUUUUGCUGGAAUAGCUGAGCACACUGUCAUGUAUCCCAUCGACGCCAUCAAAACCCGGAUGCAGAUAGUCAACCCUACUCCCUCCGCAGUCUACAAUGGGAUGAUUCAGGGAACAUACAGGAUAGCGACAGGGGAGGGCAUCAUGAGUUUAUGGCGCGGCAUGUCCAGCGUCGUCGUCGGUGCGGGACCUGCACAUGCCGUCUAUUUUGCCACAUACGAGGCCGUCAAGCAUCUCAUGGGGGGCAACCGGGCUGGCGUACAUCAUCCUUUGGCGGCGGCAACAAGCGGAGCAUGCGCAACCAUUGCCAGCGAUGCGCUCAUGAAUCCCUUCGACGUCAUCAAGCAAAGAAUGCAGAUCCAGAACUCGAGCAAGAUAUACCGGUCCAUGACGGAUUGCGCCAAGUACGUUUACAAGAAUGAGGGCCUCGCGGCCUUCUACGUCUCCUACCCGACCACGCUCUCCAUGACGGUACCCUUUACCGCGCUACAAUUCCUGGCCUACGAGUCAAUAUCGACGACGAUGAACCCCACCAAGACAUACGACCCCGUCACCCAUUGCAUGGCUGGCGCCGUCGCUGGUGGUUUUGCAGCCGCCCUGACGACGCCCAUGGAUGUCAUCAAGACUAUGCUCCAGACGAGGGGCAAUGCUCACGACCCUGAGCUGAGGACCGUCAACGGCUUCACUGCCGGUUGUCGACUGCUGUACCAACGAGAAGGCUUCCGCGGCUUCUUCAAGGGCGUCCGACCUAGGGUUGUGACCACGAUGCCAAGCACCGCAAUCUGCUGGUCGGCUUACGAGGCCUCAAAGGCAUACUUCAUCCGUCAGAAUGACACAUCGGACGGACGAUGACGAAUCCAACCGUUUCCCACACUUCCAACAGGGUAUGUCGGCUCGUUACCAAUUGACACCCACCCAAGCUGCUCACUGCUUGGGCCUUUCCCGCUUGUACUAUACUCUCCCCAUCGACAGAGUGGCUAGCUAAUAAGCAAGUCGAAGUCGAACCAAAAGAAGAAACUCCACUAUCUGAAUGUCUGAUUGAUCCUGUCAGACGCUGCGCAUACCAUCUCGGCGCCAUUUUCCUGUUAGAUGCUGCCGGAGGCGUCCUGGCAUCUCAUUUGCGGCUCCGGAGUCAAACGAAAACUGCGUUUUUUUUUUUUACCAGGGACCCC